AUGUUGGGACACCUUCGGCAGCGGAACCACGGGGAACCAUCGUGGAACAUAGGCGCAUUUCUGUGUCAGUGCGCAGACGCCGAUCCAACGAUGUGGAGAGGAAGUCAUCUCCCGGUGAGCGCCGUCGCACCAGUCCUGCCAAGGGGUCAGCCAGGUUCUCAGCAGUGGAACCAUCAAAGCAAAAGCCUUGCUCUGGAGGUCGAGAGUUGUCCCCGCCACAAGAGGAGAGCAGGUUGGAAGACGAGAGCAGUACUGGAGCUCCAGACUCUCAGAAGAAGGAGGGCCCUCCCUCUGUGGAUCGAGCAGAUCGAGCAGAUCCAGCUCCAAAAGAUCGAGAUCGAGUGGAGAAGGACUUGGUCACAGCGUCUCCUUCCUCCUUGCGAAGAGAGAUCGAUGUAUUGCGAUUGCAGGUGCAAGCACUGA